AUGGCUCCCAUCGGACAGAUCUACGGCCACGCCGGCCACUUCAAGGUCGACCGCGUUCUCGCUGCCGCCGCCUACAACGGCCUUGAGCUCGAGGUGGUCGAGACCAAGGCUCUCGCUGGCGACACCAAGAAGCCCGAGUUUCUUGCUCUCUUCCCCUACGGCAAGAUCCCCGCCUUCAAGGGCACCGACGGCUUCAGCCUCACCGAGGGCAAGGCCAUUGCUCGUUACGUUGCCGCUCUCGCUGACAACGCCAAGCUCCUCGGCACUGACGCCAAGUCGGCCGCGCUUGUCGACCAGUGGGUCUCGUUCGCCGAUGACGAGAUUCUCGCCCCCGCCCUCCAAAUCUACCUCCUCUGCAAGGGCAUCUUCGCCUACAACAAGGCCAAUGAGCAGAAGAGCUGGGAGUCGCUCGACCGUGCCUUCGCCUACCUCGAGGCCGAGCUCAAGAAGAAGACCUUCCUCGUCGGUCACCGUGUCACCCUCGCCGACUUGACUGUCGCUUCGAACCUCAAGUUUGUUUUCAGCAGCGUUGCCGGUAACAACUUCCGCUCCAAGUACCCCAACUCGGUCCGCUACUUCAACACGGUCACCAAGCAGCCCCAGGUGCUCAAGGUGUUCAACGAGGUCACCUUCGCCGAGGACAACGUCAAGUUCACGCCCCCCAAGAAGGAGGAGAAGCCCAAGGCUGCCCCUGCUCCCAAGGCCGAGAAGCCCAAGGCCGCCCCGGCGCCCAAGGAUGACGAGGACGACGAGCCCAAGCAGGCUCCCAAGCCAAAGAACCCGUUGGACGACCUGCCCAAGUCGUCGUUCAACCUGGACGAGUGGAAGCGCACCUACUCGAACGAGGAGACGCGCGAGACCGCCCUUCCCUGGUUCUUCAAGAACUUUGACUCGGAAGGCUACACGAUCUCCAGGCUGGACUACAAGUACAACGACGAGCUCCAGGCCGUCUUCCAGAGCAACAACCUCAUCGGCGGCUUCUUUGCCCGUCUCGAGGCCAGCCGCAAGUACACCAUGGGCACCCUCGGUGUGUUUGGCGAGAACAACAACAACCUCAUCGCCGGUGUGUUGAUCACCAGGGGUAAGGACGCCAAGAGCGUGCUGGAGGUCGCUCCGGAUGUCGACUCGUACAGCAUCACCCCGUUGGACAUCAGCAAGCCCGAGGACAAGAAGUUCUUCGAGGACAUGAUGGCCUGGGAGGCUGUCAUCGACGGCAAGGCUUUCGCUGACGGUAAGAUCAUGAAGUAA